AUGGGCACAAGAAAUCGAAAGCUUCUGUUUUUCCUGCACUAUCAGCGCUACUUGGGCCUUACAAAUUCAGAAUCGCUGCAUAUUUACUGGCUCCAUAGUACUUGGUCUUCAACUGCGACUCAAAUUCUGAUCGUUGGGGUUUUUAUGGCCGCUCUGGCCGAAUCACUUUACUACAUGGAUACAAAAUCCCAGACUGGCAACAUCUUUGACAAUGCAGUGAUACUAACCACCUCGGUCACUCAAUUGCUAGCCAAUCUUUGGCUCCGCUCGCAGCAGAAAUCACAAGCGAACCUGCUUCAACGACUUUCGCAGGUGGUAGAACUUUUGCACUUUAAGCCUUAUGCAGUUCCACAGUUCAGUUGGUUAUACCGUAUCUGACUAUUAGUGUGCCUUAUCUAUGGGGCAAUGGUGACGCAUUUUGGCAUAAAUUGGUUGACAACUAUGCAGAUCAGCCGUGUCCUGACUUUGAUAGGAUUUGUAUCUAGGUGCGUUUUGGCCAACUUUCAAUUCACCUGUUAUACCGGCAUGGUGUUGGUCUUGAAAAAUCUGCUUCAAGUCCAGGUUAAGCAACUGGAACACUUUGUGUCCACACCCACCAUCUCAAUGGCUGGAGUAGCCGGCUGUUUGAGAACCCACGAUGAAAUCCUACUGUUGGGUCAAAGAGAACUGAUAGCCGUUUAUGGUGGAGUUGUACUAUUUCUCUUUAUUUACCAAGUCAUGCAGUGUAUAUUAAUAUUUUACAUCAGCAACCUCGAGUGGUUUCAUUCAAGCAAUGACCUAGUUCUCAUUUUCUGUUGGUUGGCACCGAUGCUCUUCUAUCUCAUCCUACCUAUGUUAACGCUUGACCGUCCUUUUAAUAAAAACAUGUGAAUGUGUAACGACGAAGUGAUACUUAUAUAUUUUUCCUUUAUCGAAAUUGGUAUUACACUUUCGUUAGCAAUAAAUUAUGUUCAUGUGAUCGGUUUUGGUAUUAAAAAGUUUAGAAGUUCUAUCUCCCUUAAAGUAUUUAUGUUACGCAGUUUAUGGAAAUUAAUCAUUAUCAACAGGCCAUCGCACAAUUCGUUUGUACUUAGAUGCCCAAAUACUUUAGGUACGAGGUGUUUG